AAGGCCCCCUGACAUUUGUUCAUUUUUCUUCUCUCCUUUUUCUUUUUCUUCUUCUUUCUUGUUCUUCUUCUUUCUUGUUUGCAGGUAAGUUGGUCAAUAGCUUCCAUUGGUUGCUCUGCUUGCAACCAGAGCGGGCAGCUCGCCCAUGCCCAUGCCUCAAAUUGCUCUGACCGCCCGCAACAACUGAUGCUCUGCAACUUCCCCUACCUCACGGCUCCAUCAGAACUGGUCUAGGCCUGCACCUACUCCAUCAACAUCACCAGCUUCUUCCCUGCAAAAAAAACUCGGCAAUGUCCAGGCCUGCAACCUCACCCUCAGCUCAGUUGCCCAUCCCUUGCUGCCUUACACGCCAUCAUACUUCAUCAUCUUCAUCUUCUCUUUCCGGCUGCAACACCCAUCGAUUCUUGACCUCUCUCUCUCAGACUCCCUCUUUCCCUCACGUUUCCCUCAGUUCAGAAGGCCCAGGGCGAACUUUCCCUCAGCUGUACUCCCUCUCUUUCUCUCCCGAAGCUCACACAGCUCAGUGGAUUCCCCUCAGAACUCUCAGCUAAACCCGGCUCCCUCACCUGACAGCAAAAACACACAGCUCACUGCCCUUAGCUUCAUCACCCACAGCUCAUGUUUCUUCGUCAGCACAGAUGCUAGAAUUGCAAUCCCCAUGUGGGAUGAUUCUGAGUUUUCCCCAAAAGUUGGAAUUGAUAUCCUUCUCUUUAAGUCAUUGAUUAGAAUAACAGAUAAUAAGUUAUGGAUGCACGACCUACUCAGAGACCUUGGUAGGCUCAUUGUAAUAGAAGAAAACUAUAAAGAGCCAUGGUUGCAGAGUAGAUUGUUGUGCAGUGAAGCGGUGCCGUAUCUAUUAGAGAGCCAGCCACAGGAGGAGAUGACAAAAGUUGAAGCCAUCAGUCUAGAAGGAUAUCAGUUCCGCUCGGAAGAUUUCUGCUUUAAGGAUGAUCGGUUUAAGAAUCUUCCGAACUUGAGGAUCCUUCUGUUAGAUAGAGCUAGCCUCAGUGGAAAUUUUGAGGGCAUUCUCCCGAACCUGCGGUGGCUGAGUUGGCACUUUUGCAACUUCAGUCCUAAGCUGCCGACCAAUCUAAAUCUGAAGAACCUAAUUGUCCUCGAUAUAUCGAGGAGCAUGGUCAGUGAGGAUUGGGCCGGCUGGAGCUUGAUGAAGGUAGCCGCGAAGCUAAAAGUUCUUGCUCUUACAGAAUGCAGGCAUCUAACAAGAACACCCAGUUUCUCAGCAUUUCCAGCUUUAGAGAAACUGAUUCUUCGAUCUUGUCGCAAAUUGGUCUCCGUUGAUCCAUCAAUAGAGCAACUUAGCGCUCUAGUCUCCUUAGACAUAAGGGAUUGCAUGGAACUCGAAUAUUUGCCUCAGCUGGGUUCUACGGACACACUGACUGAGCUUCUGGUUGAUUAUGAAGUUUUUUUGAGCUUCAGGGGAUUAGAUGAUAGCGAAGGAUUCACUGACCGCCUAUACCAUCACCUGAAAGAUGCAGGAGUGCAUACAUUGAGGGACGAUGGAAAGCUCCGUGUAGUAGAAGAGAUUGAGCCUGAGCUCAUGAUGGCAAUCAAGCAGUCAAAGAUCUAUAUACCCAUCUUAUCAAAGGGCUAUGCUACGUGGUGUUUGAAGGAGGUGGCGGAGAUGAUGAAGCUCGAGGACGAAACGAAGCACAUGAUUAUGCCCAUUUUCUUGGACGUCAUGCCAGAUGAAGUUAAGUACCAGACAGGGAGUUAUGCUAAAGCCUUUACCCAGCACGAGAAAAACUACGACUUCGAGUUUGUUCAGGAGUGGAGGAAUGCUCUCCAAGAGGUUGUGAAACUGAAAGGGUUGGAACUCAAGAAAGAGGCAAACGGGAAACAUGGAGAGCUCAUUAAAAAGGUGCUUGCAAGGGUUAUUAACUGUCUGAAGAAAGCUUAUCUAGAUGUCAAUGAUAUCUUGGUUGGAAUCGAUGAUCAUGUUGAGGCUGUCAAGACAUUGCUGGAGCUUGGAAAGGAAGGUAUUCAAAUUGUUGGAAUAUGGGGCAUGGGUGGAAUUGGGAAAACGACUCUUGCAAAAGUUGUCUACAACCAACUGUUGGAGAAAUUUGAAUCCUCUUGCUUCCUCAAUGACAUUAGAGAAAUAUCCUCACAGCACAAGGGUCUUCAGUGCUUGCAAAGCAAGCUACUCUCCGACAUCUUAAAUUGUGAGCGUGAUGUCUUUGCAAAUAUGAAUGAAGUAACCCAGGAGCUCAAGAACAGGCUCCGUGACAAGAAAGUAAUCAUUCUUUUGGAUGAUGUUGAUGAAGUUGAUCAACUCAAGGCUCUAGCCGGGGAUCUUGCUUGGUUUGGUCCUCGAAGCAGGAUUAUUGUUACAAUCAGAGAAAAGACAGUGCUAGAUCUAUUUCGAAUUAAGAAUAUCUAUGAACUCACACGGCUGAGUGAAUAUCAAGCUUUUGAACUCUUCUGCAAGCAUGCAUUUAAAGAACACUCGCCGACACCUGAUUUUGUCUUAGGAUAUUGUGAGGACAACUGGAAGCUUCCCUCUGGCUCUUGAGGUAGUAGGUUCUUUUUUAUCUACAAGCAGUGGGCGCAAGGACUUAUGGCUAGGUACACUGAAGAAGUUGAAGAAGGAACCCCCCAUGAAGGUCCCAGAUAAGUUGAGGAUAAGUUAUAAUGGCUUGAGUCGUGAGCAGCGGAAGAUAUUUCUCGAUAUCCCAUGUUUCUUCAUCGGAAAAGAUGCUAGAAUUGCAAUCCCCAUGUGGGAUGAUUGUGAGUUUUUCCCAGAAGUUGGAAUCGAGAUCCUUCUCUUGAAGUCACUAAUCAAAAUCACAGAUGACACUAGGCUAUGGAUGCAUGACCAACUUAGAGACCUUGGCAGGGUAAUCGUGGAAGAGGAAAACUAUAAAGAGCCGUGGUUGCGGAGUACACGGUGGCACAGCAAAGUGGCCAUGCGUGUAUUAGAGGGGCAGCCACAGGAGGGGAUGACAAAAGUUGAAGCCAUCAGUCUAGAAGGAUAUCAGUUCCGCUCGGAAGAUCUCUGCUUCAAGGAUGAUCAGUUUAAGAAUCUACCGAACUUGAGGAUCCUUCUGGGAGAUAAAGCUAGUCUCAGUGGAAAUUUUGAGGGCAUUUUCACGAACCUGCGGUGGCUGAGUUGGCACUUCUGCAACUUCAGUCCUACGCUGCCAACCAAUCUAAAUCUGAAGAACCUAAUUGUCCUCGAGGAGCAUGGUGAGUGAGGACUGGGCCGGCUGGAGCUUGAUGAAGGUAGCCGUGAAGCUAAAAGUUCUUGAUCUUACAGAAUGCAGGCAUCUAACAAGAACAGCCGGUUUCUCAGAAUUUCCAGCUUUAGAGAGACUGAUUCUUCGAUCUAGUCGCAACUCGGUCUCCGUUGUUCCAUCAAUAGAGCAACUUAGCGCUCUAGCCUCCUUAGACAUGAGGGACUGUCAGUUAUGUCUCAAGGCUGCAAUUUCUAUUUUUGAUAUUUUUGUUUUAAUGUUCAGUUGCUUUAGUUGAAUUAGUCAUAGCACUAGGCCAUGUAUUUAGGAAGCAGUUAAGUUGUUGCUAAGUUAGUGGGAAAAGAAAGCUGAGGUUGUUCAGCUCAUUUGUUUUUAUAUAAUGCAGUUAAUCAAUGAAAGCAUAUCCUAUUCU